AACGAAGUCGCUUUGAUCUGUUAUUCACAACAAUCGGAUUUUCGUCGAGAUAUAAUCAAAGGCUCCAUGCGCGCUCAAAGACGUAAAAUAGUUAUUCAGGAACUCUUUCAAGCAAAUGUACAUUCCCCCCUUUUUUUGGACAGAAUAUACAAACCCAUCUUUUUUUCUUUUGAUAUUUCUGGAUUGAUAAAACUCAUUUUUGAAAAUUGGAAGGAGAAAAACAAAAAAUUGAAAAUUCCGAAUUAUGCAGAGGAAAAGACAAGGGAGAAAAGACAGAAGGCCAAAAGAGAGGAAAAAGCACGGAUAAAAAUAGCCGAAGUCUGGGAUACCGUCCUAUUUGCUCAAGUAAUAAGAGGUUGCUUGUUAUUAACCCAAUCAAUUUUUCGAAAAUAUAUUAUAUUACCUUCAUUGAUAAUAGCUAAAAACAUCGGUCGUAUGUUAUUAUUUCAAUCUCCCGAGUGGUCCGAAGAUUUAAAGGAUUGGAAUCGAGAAAUGCAUGUUAAAUGCACCUAUAAUGGUGUUCAAUUAUCAGAAACAGAAUUUCCGCAAAACUGGUUAAGAGACGGUAUUCAAAUAAAGAUCCUAUUUCCUUUCUGUCUGAAACCUUGGCACAAACCUCAAGAAAGGUCCCUUGAUAAAGAUUCAAUGAAAGAUAAAGUAAAAAAAUUUUGUUUUUUAAUAGUUUGGGGAAUGGAAACUGAUCUGUCUUUUGGUUCUCCCCGAAAACGACCUUCCUUUUUUAAACCCAUUUUGAAAGAACUUGAAAAAAGAAUUCGAAAAUUUAAAAACAAGUGUUUUCUAGUUCUAACAGUUUUAAAAGAACGAACAAAAUUGUUUAUAUUUUUAAGGGUCUCAAAAGAAACAAAAAAAUGGGUUAUCAAAAGUGUUCUAUUUAUAAAUAUAAAAAAAAUAAUAAAAGAACUCUUAAAAAUAAAUCCAACUCUAUUAUUUGGAUUGAGAGAAGUAUAUACUAGGAAUAUUGGGAAUGGUAUGUGCUUGUACCCUUAG